AUGCCCCGGAACGUUCCCACCAUCCUCAAAGACGCGGCACCGUUCUUAGCUCGAGCCGACGAAGUCAUAAAGGCUGAUCCAAUCAUAUCCUACUGGUGUAAAUAUUAUGCGGCGCAGAUUGGCAUCGAAAAAUCGGCUGGCGACACUGAAGCGCAGAGCUUUCUCAUGCAGCUAAUGGACGAGCUCGAGCGUCUUAAGGACAGCAUGAGUGAACAAGAUGCAGUGAAAAGCGAGACUGUGGCGUAUGCAUACAUAGAAAACUUUGCUCUGCGCAUAUUCCUGGGCGCGGACAAUCAAGAUCGCCAAGGACAAGCGAGUCGGUAA